CAAUCAUCUUCCCAUUUUCCCCCAUAGCUUUUGCUUUCAACAAACUCCACACGCACAUCUCCUUUUGCUACAUUUUCUGUUUCUUCUGCCACAAAAAACACAGCUUUUCUACACUUUCAAACCCCACAUGGAUCCCCAAUCCAUGGCUACCUACAACAACAAUGUGCUGAAUACAAAGAAACCAUUAUCCCAUUACUAGUGAAAACUCUUCAUCUGUUUUAUUGUACCCUUUCUACUUCUUCUUCUUCAAUGAAACUAACCAAAUCCAUGCUUAGUCCUAGCCAUGGUCGGCAUGAUCCACCUCUUACUCUUCCCACUUCCCUCAGCCGGAGGCUGAAAGCUAAUGGCAGCAUUAAAGGUGGACAAUCCCCAGCUACUUUUCCUACUACCACCGGAAAGAAACGAGGGUCGGGUUUUGAUAACCCGGAACCUUCGUCUCCGAAGGUGACUUGUAUUGGUCAGGUGAAAAUGAAGACGAAGAAGAAAGUUAGGCAAACACGGAAUUUGUCUAAUAGAAGGAGUGAUAUAAGUUUCAGGAAGUUGGAAGAAGAAAGGGGAGUUUUGAUUCAGAAUCAGAGGAGUUCUAGUGUGCAUUUACAGGCGCAAGAUCAAUGUGCUGCGGCGGUGGCGGUGGCGCAUAGAAAUCAGAGAUGGGUACAUUUGCCAGUGACGAUAUAUGAAGCUUUGAGAGAGUUAAGCUGUUUGUUUCCAUGUCGGUCUUCGUGUUUUUCGAAUGAGAAAGGAAAACAAGAGGAUAAAGUUAAUGGAUCUAGAGAAGUUGAUAAUAAUAAUGGGCAGAGGAGAUGUGAGGAUGUUGUUGCUAGAUGGCUAGUUGCAUUGCAAGAUGGUGAAGCAGAUGAAAAAACUAGAGGGAUUGAGUUGGUGGUGACGAAUAAUGUGAAGGAAGAAGAAGAAGGGAAAAUGGAGGAAAUGCAAAGUACAAUGAGAAGCUCAAGAAGGCAUGUGUUUGAAGGUAUUGAGUUUAAGGAUCAUGAUGAUGAGAGUGUUGAAAUGAAUGAAGAGAAAGCCAGAGUUAGCAUUUGCAUUCCGCCUAAAAAUGCUUUGCUUCUAAUGAGAUGUCGAUCUGAUCCUAUGAAAAUGGCGGAUAUUACUAAUCGAUUCUGGGAAUCACCUGCUCGAAAAGAAACUAAUGAAGAAGUUGAAGUAGAUGAGAAAGAAAUCGGAGAAAAUGCGGAUGUGGAAGAACUAGUAGAUACAGAAAACACCGAAUGCAAAGUACUAGAGGAAACUAGUUGUGUUUCUGUAGAUCUUGUGGAAAAUGAAGAGAAUGCAGAAGCAGAAAGUAGUAAAGAUGAAGAAAAGCUCAAAUGCCAUGAAUUAACACCAGAAACAGAGGAACAAGAUGAAGAAGAGAGUGUGAUAAAGGCACUUGUAGCAGCAGUAGCAGUAGAAGUAAACUCCAUUGUUGAUGAAACAAAUAAUCAACCCCUUGAAUCAGAGAAAAAAGAAGAAGAAGACAGCAGCAUUCAGAGUUUUUCCUCUUUCUCAGAAAACGAAGAAGAUGAAACAUUGGACGAAGAACAAGAAGAAGAGAGAUUCAAAUCAAUUAUUAAAAAGGUAAUUGAAGAAACACUUUUGUUAGAACACAUUGAUAGAGCAGAUGCAAAACAAAUUCAACACGAACACAGAGAAGAAGAAGAAGCAAAAUCUGAUGCAGCAUUUUCAAACAAUGAAAUCGAAAAAGAAUCGCGAAAACAACAGAACGAAUCAAUUCUUCCAGAUUGCUUGCUACUAAUGAUGUGCGAACCCAAACUAUCCAUGGAAGUUUCCAAGGAAACAUGGGUAUACAGCAGCACUGAACUGAAACAAGCUAAAACAGUGACGAAGAAGAAGAAGAAGAAGAAUGAAAUUCCCGAGGAUCCAAAGAGAAGGCGAAGCAUUGACAAGAGUAAACAACAACACCUCCUUCUACAACCACCAAGGUCAUCGUGUUCUUUUCCGGCGACCGGAGUUUCGCCGGCCAUGUCCAUGGCAACGAUGAUAGAGCAGAAACUGGUAAACGCAGUGGCGUACGAGCCGUUAGUGUUGACAAGGUGCAAGUCGGAGCCGAUGAGGACGGCGGCAGGGGUAACGGCUAAGCUUGUGCCGGAGACUUGUUUCUGGAAGAAUAUGAAGAUUGAGCCACAUCGACGAGCUACAUUUGGGUUCGGGGCGGCUGGAGUCGGGUUUUGAGCUGACCCGAAUUGUUCAAGAACUUACGCUGUGAUCAGUUGUACUUGCUCAUUUACUCAGGUUGUACAUUUUAUUUUAAACCUUUAAUCAGGAAUGUAUUUUUAGUUUUUGUAGAAGAAGUAAUCCUUUUUCAGUUUUUUUUUUUUAAUAUUUCAUGAUCUAAUUCGAGAUUA